AUGCCCCCAAAUCAACCCCUGGCGCAACAGGCGCCCACAUCACGCCGCCUGCUCAUCUUCCAGGAGACGCGUAACCCGACCAACACAGCCGAAACAGUCUACCUGCCCGUCAACAAGCUAGGCCUGCCAAUCUGCGGUGAAGGGCCUGAGCUGCCGUCGAUUUUGGAAUUGCCGUUGCGCAUCUUGAGGGUUUUUACGGAGAUUUUUAAUCAGCCGAAGUAUAAGGGAUGGGCUGUUCUUUCUGCGGGUCCUUACCAUGAUACUUCUGAAGAAGGGAAGUUUUAUGCUGUUGUCCUGGAGCAGAUGCAGCAAGUUGCGGGGGUUCAGCCUGAUAACAUGAUUCAGAGUACGCCUUGA